AUGAAGCAUCGCGAUUCUCCACCCAUGAAACCAUCUAUAGAGAAGGAUCCAAAAGUAGAUAUUAAGGCUUUACCACCUCAUUUGAGGUUCUUAAGAGGUGUGAUGAUUGCAACCUUGUGCUUGGUUCAUCGCAUUUCAGAGAAGGGUAUAGAGGUUGAUCGAGCUAAAGUUGAGGUGAUAGAGCGACUUCCUCCACCUAUAUUUGUAAAAGGUAAAGAGUGUAAGUUACAUUUAGAUGAAUCUUGUAUGAAGGCAUUUGCUGAGUUGAAGGAAAAAUUAGGGACCAAAAAUCAACUUGCUGAUCACUUGUCCCGAUUAGAAGAUGAAGCAAUGAGAGAGUUGCAUGAAAAGUCUGAGAAUGAUGAUACUUUCCCUAAUGAGCAUGUACUGGCUGCCACCCAAGACUGGAUUCCAUGGUUCGCAGAUCUUGUUAAUUGUUUGGCUAGUGACAUUGUCCCACUGGACUUGUACUUUCAUCAAAGUAAAAAGUUCAUGCAUAAUGUGAAAAACUUCUUUUGGCAUGAGCCAUUAUUAUAUAGGAGUUAUGCUGAUGGGCAUAUUCGGUGUUGUGUGCCAGAAGUUGAGAUGUUGAGUGUUUUGGAGGCAUGCUAUUCUUCGCCAGUAGGUGGGCAUUAUAGUGGUAUUCGGACUACUCACAAGAUCUGGCAAUGUAGCUACUAUUGGCUAACCAUCCACCAAGAUGCUCAUGAGUUCACCAACGCAUGUUAUAUAUUCCAAAAAGAUGGUGGCAUUUCGAGAAAGCAAGAGCUACCCCUAAAUUCCAUUCUUGUGAUUGAGUCUUUUGAUGUGUUGGGCAUAGACUUUAUGGGCCCUUUUGUGAGUUCUCAUGGGAUGAAUUACAUUCUUGUGGCAUUGGAUUAUGUGUCUAAAUUUGUGAAAGCUCUUGCGCUCGCGAAUAAUGAAGUGAAGAGUGUCACCACAUUCUUGAAAAAGAACAUAUUUUCCAGAUUUGGCACCCCGAGGGCUAUUAUUAGUCAUAGGGGAUCUCCCUUUUGCAACAAGCAUUCUAAGGGAUUAUUGGAAUAA